GGCACUUUAAAACUGGACCUUAAUCUUAAAAAACACUGUUAAUUUCAAAAAUUUAACGACUUUACGCCUUUGCGCUCGUUCCUAUAUUUGCACUGCCUUGACUGUUGCUUUAGCGCGUCAUCUACCAACUCAAUUUGCUAACUUAAUGUUAUCACUAAAAUACAACUUUGCACUAUGUGGCAACAUUGUCCAAACUGCUAUUUGACAAUUGCCGAUUGACAUUUGACUUUUGCUGUUUGACUGCAAAAAAUAGCGGAGUCCCUUGUCAAUUUUUGCGAUUUUUUGCAAUUCAAGAACAAAUUAUAAAAAUUGUGAAAAGAUGACGACUUAUCUGACCGAUAAUGAUGGCAAAUUCAUCCCAGCAACUCAGCGACCGGAUGGUACUUGGCGCAAGGCUCGCCGCGUUAAAGAUGGCUAUGUACCACAGGAAGAGGUGCCCUUGUACGAGAGCAAAGGUAAGCAGUUUGCACAACGUAGGAGUACGCUACCGCCUGGCAUGUGCCCGCUGGUAGCUGAGCAAACCAAGAAAGAACGUGAAAAGCAAGAACGCGCUAAAGCCAAAAAGUUGGCCAAACAACAAGAAAACGCAAAUGCUUCAAAAGCGGGGUCCGCCAGUAGCGGGAACAAUAAAAAACCGAAGCAAGCCCCAUCUCAAUCACAACCAACUCCCGGCUUGUUAGUGUUGCCCGAUACUGUUACGGCUAAGGCCGCAGUACCAAAGCCUAAUGCUAAUACAAAUAAGGCAUCGAGUACAAAUAGCAACGAUGCCGUAGCCAAACUUGCAAAUGACUUGCAGUCCAGCCUAAAAGUGCAAUCAGAUGACGGUCAUGAAGCGUUGAAGAAACUAAAAAAGUUGCGCAAAAAACUGCGUGAAAUUGAAACAAUCGAACAACGUAUUAAAACUGGUGAGCUUAAGAAACCUGAAAAAGAUCAACUAGAUAAAGUGAAGCGGAAAAAGGAUAUAAUCAAGGAAAUUAAACAGCUUGAAGAUGAAGAGCUGGCGUUAUCAAAACGAAAGGCAAAUGACUAAAUUGUCUUGCUGCCCGCAGCAUUAAAUAAACGUCAUGCGGCUCUGAAGUGCCAUGAAACAAUGUACGAGAUGAACUGUAUUUCCUGUACACCAACACCCACUGAUUGUCUAGCCUUCGGGUUGACAAACCUCAGCUAAUUAAUACAUAAAUAACUGAUCUAGUGUUAAUAUUUUAAGGACUUUCUUAUUUUAAUAUCUAUACAAAAA